AGCAUCUUUGAUCGCCGCAAUGGCGCAGAGGACUCAGCUGCUGCUCAGGAAACAUUCGUGACCGGUUCUAAAAUAACAGAAACUCCAACAAAUCAUAAGGUCAGCGGUUUCAAUCCAUUGUGCUGAAUGACACGAGCUUGUAUUUGGGUGUGGAUCAGUGCAUUUCUCAGUCGACUACAAAACCCUAAAAUGUUGCCCAUUCAGACAAUCCUGCUUUGUGGCAUUUUUGCUCAAAGCCGCCUAUCUCACGCUUUAAUGUGGAAUGUAUGUUUGAGGAGUCAGAGAGUGAGGCACAAACCAGUAUUUCAGAGCUUAUCAGUGCUCUCAGUAGUUCAUUCACUUGUUCCUCUCAAAAUCAGUUAAACUGUAAAAGGGUUAAAGGGGGUUGUACAGCAGCCCACCGAUUCCCAGAACCAGCUUCAAUUUAUACACACAAAAAUGUGUUUUAGAAUUAUAUUUAUUUACAAUUUUAUUUUGACAUUUAAUAAGGAUCAGUAGGGAACUUGUUAUAUCAAAAUAUUUGAUGCAGAAUUCAACAAGCAACUAUUUAAAAAAAAAAACAGCUCUGUUAUUGAGAUCUGUGCUGGAUUGAAUGAUUACAAACAUCUGCUGCUGAGAGUGUCCUAGAAGGAAAUAAGAGGAGGGAUUUGUAAAAAAUGGGAGGGAAAAGAAACACAGAGGUUCAUAUAAAGAGACAGUAAGUGAGAGGGAGGGAGAAGUGGAUGUCUGUACACUUUGUUGAAGGAGUUGAAGAUUCAGAAGACACUGGAGAAACUCCAAAACUGUUUGAAAAGAGGGCAGAGGAGUGCAGCAGAGAGAAAGAGGCAAGAUGUUUGGCUGCCUGGGAGGCGGGUUGAGGGUACGGUCCUGGUUUACUCUGAUAUCUGGGUUAGUGGAAUGUUUGGGGUUCGCGGGGGCUGUUUUUGGCUGGGCAUCGUUGGUUUUUGUGCUCAAGACUGAAGGCUACUUCAGAAGUCUAUGUGUGAAUGCCACAAUAAAUGGAACUGCUGUUGAAGAUUGCAGUAGACAGGAUGAGCAGCUCUCACUCAUCUUCACCAUCGCAUCCUUCAUGAACAACUUCCUCACGCUGCCAAAUGGCUUCCUGUUUGACCACUUUGGCACCACUGUUGCCAGGCUACUGGGAAUAUCGGUUUACACUGCAGGAAUGUUGUUAAUAGCCUUUUCAAGUCCUGUGAACUCCGUCCUCCUCUUCCCUGCUCUGUCCUUCAUUGCUGUGGGAGGAAUUCUGUUCUUGAUGACCAACAUACAGGUGGCGAAUCUCUUUGGCACGCACCGCUCCACUAUAAUCACUCUGUAUAAUGGAGCCUUUGAUUCUUCCUCUGCAGUUUUCCUCAUCAUCAAGUUGCUGUAUGAGGAUGGAGUCUCUCUGCUAGGGUCUUUCCUCUUCUUGGCCUGCUGCAGUGUCAUUCAUCUGUUCCGGACAUUUGUGCUGAUGCCUCGUACACAUAUCCCAUACCCGCUUCCGGAGAGCUACACCUAUGGGAUGAAAUGUGGAGGGACUCGGGAUUAUACAGUUGCAAAGGUCGAAGAGAAAAACAUACAAACUUCCCAGUCUGAGGAGGAAAUGCCAUUUAAAGAGACUUCUCCUCAAGGCCAAAACACAGACAAAAUGGAGCGAAGUUUCAAGAGCUGUUUGCUUUCCUGGUUCUUCUUGUGGCAUCUGCUGUGGCUUUCAGUGAUGCAGUUGAGACACUACUUGUUCAUCGGGACCUUAAACCCGAUGCUGAAUCAUCUGGCUGCUGGAGACCCAGGCCUUGUCAGUAGAUACACAAAUGCGUUUGCAUUUACUCAGCUGUGUGGGAUCCUGUGUGCCCCCUGGAAUGGUCUCAUCAUGGAUCGCCACAAAGGAAAGCAGCGAGAACCAGGACAAAGUGAACAAGAGGCAGACUUGAAGGCAGCCAUAUUGUCUCUGUCGCUGACGGCGCUGCAGUGUGUGCUGUUUUCAGUGUGUGCCGCCACCCCCAUCCUUCCUCUGCUGUACCUCACCUUCAUCCUGCAAGUCCUCAACAGAUCCUUCCUCUACGGAGGAAAUGCUGCUUUCAUCAGUGUGGCGUUUCCAUCCGUACACUUCGGAAAGCUAUAUGGAACGGUGAUGGCUCUCUCAGCUGUGGUCUCGCUGCUCCAGUAUCCCUGCUUCACCCUCAUUAAAGGACCACUGGGUGGAGACCCUUUUUAUGUGAACAUCGGUCUGACCGUUCUGAGUCUCCUGGCCUUCAUCAACCCUCUUUAUGUUUACCUGCACUGUCGUCGUCAAGCAGCCCAGAGAGCCAGUUCCAACAAAAGUGCCUCUUCAUAAGCCCUCUAUAUGGCUUUGAAAACUGGUUUCUAUUUCUUAUUAGUUUUUCUUUACAAAACUACACAAAAAAUGUAUGGUGGAAAGAAAUAUUUUACUAAUCUUUCAGUGCCCUGUUUUGCAGAGGUUGACUCUUGACCCUGUGAUGGUAUGCAGUGUGUUAUCUCUGCUGGUCAUAGCAGGAAAUUGAUCACUUCCCCACCCUCUUUACUAUUUUUUUUUUUUUUAAUGCACAUUAGUUGCUGGAUCUUAAUAAGGAGCAAUAAGGAGCCAGCCUUGUGACCGUGAAGAUUACACUAAGUAAAUAUCCGAUGAAAAAUGAAGGCAACUGGUUAUCUUCCACCAUCCAGUGUUUUUGUU